GUGAAGUUUUGAUUAUCUGUAAUUUGAAGUUUGAGAGUUUAGUGAGUAGAAGAUUCAUCGGAUUCAGAGGGAGAACGUGAAGGGAAAAGGCGAAAGUUGAACAAAAAAUGUCACAUAAAAGAAAGGGAAAAAUUAGCUAGACAACGAGGAGCACAGUUUGUAACACAUAAAAGUAAAGUAGUUAAUGCUAAGAUAACCGGGCCGGAUUGCACGUGCCGUAAAAAAUGUAUCAUGUAAAAAAACGUUCAGUAAUUGAAAUUGUUUAUAAUGGACGGCCAAAAAAUGAAAAAGAUACAUAUCUUAUGGGACUAAUACAAAGAUACGAUGUUGCCAGACAUCGUCCUGCAACAGCAGAGUCUAGACAAAAUCCUUCUUCUUUCAAAUAUUUUGCUAUGGAAGGUACGUGCAGGGUUGAAGUUUGCCGCAGCGCGUACAUGAGUUUGCAUGGUCUCUCGAAUAAAGUCGUACAACGUUUAACCAAGCUUCGUGAAACUGAAACUUCACCAUUUGACAUGAGAGGAAGGCAUGCAAAUCGUGGAAAUAAACUCGAUGGGGCAAUUGUUGCCAAAAUUGAUGACCAUAUCAAAUCAUUUCCAAAAAAAGAGUCUCACUAUUCUUCUAAGUUAAUUACCUACUUAGAUGCAAGUUUGAACAUCACUAAGAUGUAUGAGCUCUUCACUAAUGAAAAUCCUGAUUUGAAAACUCACGUCAAGUAUGAAUAUUAUUUGAGACAUUUUCAGGAAAACUACGGAUACCGGUUUGGUAGGUCUCAAGUCGACGUUUGCUCAACUUGUGAAGACUUGAAUGCAAAAAUAAAGUCAACUACUCUUAAUGAAACAGCAAAGAGGUGCGCAGUUGCAGAUCUUAUGAUUCAUAAAAGACAAGCAUCCAAAUUUUACAAAAAAUUUCAAGAAAUCAAGGAGAUCUGUAAAGAGAGGAAUGACGUUGGAGCCAUAGUGUUUGAUUAUAUGCAAAAUCUUCCCCUUCCAUUAAUGCCAGUUCAGGAAAUGUUCUAUCUGCGAAAACUUAUUAUUAUUAUGUUUUUAACGUUCACAGCCUUGGCAACGAUGUAUCGGUCUUCUAUACUCAUACAGAGGGAGAUGCUCAGCGAGGCCCUAAUGAAGUCAGUACGUUCAUUUUGGACUUUAUCAUCCAACAUAUUCCUAAAGAAGUCAGAACCCUUCAUGUUUUUAGUGAUGCGUGCGCUGGGCAAAACCGCAACCAUACUCUAACCAGGUUGUUUACUGCCCUGACCAUGAAUGGCAGAUUUGAAGUUAUCAAGAGCUUUUUACGAAAGUUUGAUCGAAUUUACUCUCCAGAACAAUACAACGAUAUCAUUAUGUCUUCCAAGAAGAAAAAUGCCAAGUGUCAAGUAAAACGGCUAACAAAUACCGAUAUACUUAAAUUAAAGGCUGGUGGCCUCAAUACUUCAAAAAGACUGCCAAAUAUAUUGAGAAAAAACAGUCUUUUACCAUAAGCAAAUACAGGCAUCUAACAUAUACGCAAGCAAUGAGAGGCUAUAUCAGAGCAUGUGACUUCAUUGACGGCUUCACCCUUGGUCUUUUCGAUAUGAAGAAACAAGACAAUGUGGAUCUUCCCAUUUCAAAAGUAUACAAUGGCAAAGUUCCUAUCAAUUAUAAGAAGCUGGAAGAUAUUUCCAAAAUAGUUCAUUACAUACCCGAAGACUACAGGACCUUCUAUACCGAAAUUCUGGCCAAUUCCACUACAAAUAGAGAAACCAGUGACCCAGAAGACUAAAAAGCAUAUAAAUAAUAUUUCUUACAAUGUUGGUUGCUUAAAUAAAUCAGAGUUCUUCA